AUGCCUAAGAACAAGGGAAAGGGCGGCAAGAACCGCAGACGAGGUACCAAGGAGAACGAUGACCAGCGUCGAGAGUUGACCUUCAAGGAGGACGGCCAGGAAUAUGCCCAGGUUAUCAAGAUGCUGGGCAACGGACGACUUGAGGCCCUUUGUUUCGACGGCAGCAAGCGUCUCGCCAACAUUCGUGGCAAGAUGCGCAAGAAGGUCUGGAUCAACCAGGGUGAUAUCAUCCUCCUCUCUUUGCGUGACUUUCAAGACAACAAGGGCGAUGUCAUUCUCAAGUACACUGCCGACGAGGCUCGUUCUCUGAAAUCGUAUGGCGAGCUUCCCGAGCACGCCAAGAUCAACGAAACCGACACCUUCGGUCAAGGAGAGGACGGCGAGGCCUACUUCGAGUUCGGUGACGCAGACUCAGAAGAGGACUCCGACGAAGAUGAGAAGAAGAAGGAGGUCGACAUUGACGACAUCUAA